AUGUUUCGUUGCAAAUUAUUUCUUGUUUUGCUUUUCAUUACAAAUGGUUUGUCUAAACCAAUGGAAAAUCCACCGAACCGUUGUUGUUUUCCAAAACGUUCCAGUGCAAAAUUAGUUGCAACAGCGGACAUGUUAUCAUCUGACGGAACGCUGAUCACAACUUUUAUUGAACAUGAAGAAGUUCGCGACCUUGAAAAUGGAUUAUUGGCAACCAGAGGACCUACAAAUACUUCAAUAGUUGGUCUGCACGAUCAUUUUCACAGAAUUUUUGAUUUUAAAAAUCGACUCUUCUACUCAAUUUCGGCCGAUGGGAAAUCUUGUCUCAAACAUCAUUUACCUGAUUCGCCUAAGAAUUGUAUCGAGGAAUCGGAAAAUUACGUCAACACAUCAAUUUAUAAUUAUAAUGGAAAAGAAGUUCUCGCAGAUACAUGGACAAAGUACAACUAUGGUUUACUUAGUUAUCGAACAGUUAGUCGAGACUCAUGUCUUUUACUCGAAUCGAAGUACAUACCUUCAAAUUCCGAACUCUCUGGAACAUUGAUAACGUAUAACUACGCGGAAGAUAUCGAUCGAAGUAUCUUCGAAAUUCCGUCGGAAUGUCUUUCUUAA